AUGGCCAUUGUAGACGCUAACUACAAUUAUCAUACGUCAUCGUUGUUUAUGGCCAUUAACCAAGCUAAAAUGCCACAAACCAAAGAACAGCGGUUAGCACAAAAGCGUUUAUGUAAAAGAAGACGCUAUAACCAAAUAAAAAUGAUCCGGAGCAAAUAUAGAAAGAAAAAUAAAGUAGGAAACAAUAAAGAAAUAAAACUGGAGACUAUUCAGAUCGAAGAAGCCUCGGCGUCAGGAGCUACUGAGGAACAUGAUAAUAAUAUUGAAGAACAGAUUUCCCUAAAACACGGAUCUGAAUGUCCAGCUGUUAGAGCAAUCCGACACAUGAAACUUAAGGAAAGAAAAAUACUAGUAUCUAUCAUAUUGCUUGCAAAGAUUCUGCAAAACAUCAUAGGUCUUACACAAAAUUUAGAAUGUUCACCAGAACAAAAAACACAACUAAUUAAAGAAAGUGAAAUUGAUAGGGAAUUGGUAGAAAUAAUAGAAUUUAUUAAAAAUGGAUGGCCUAGUUAUAAUAAAAUUCCAGAUUAUUUACAUAGUUAUCACAGGAUAAAAGAUGAUCUUUCAUUUGAUAAUAAGUUGGUAUUUUAUAAAGAUAGCUUUGGUACAGGCCAUGGUCCGGAGGGAGGAGUGGCAGGAGGUCGCCUCCUUCUGCGAAGCAGUAAUGCUAGCAAAGUAGUACUCCGACCGCAUGAGGCAACGGCGCUCACACCGCAGCCGCCGCCGGGAUUCCAAUCCCGAUUUCCGGCCCCCGUAGGCGCGGGCUUAUGGACGGCGGGCAAUGGGUCAAAAGACUACCAAACUGAUGCACAACUACCUCUAAUGGAGAUUUCUAAUAUACGACCGAUAGAAAAAAGCAAUAAUGAUAUAAGAGACGACUCUAUAGCAGACUUGACGGAGUCAGAAAAUACUGAAGAUAUCAAUAAAAAUAUUGAGGAGUUUCCCAUUUCGUACGAAAAGGAAGCAGAAAAUUACGAAAAAAUUAUAAACAGAAGAAUUAUUGAUGUCGGCCACUUCCUUUCCGAAUUAAAACGCAUUUCAAACCAUGGACCACUUGGAUGCAGCUUCACUGAACUUCACCUCAUAGCUGAAACCCGAAUUGGUUUACAGUCGAAGUUUACGUUUAGGUGUAAGCUUUGCAAUCAAAAGUUUGUCAUAAAUGGAGACAAUUGCAGUGACAACUACUUAAAUAUUAACACGUGCGCUGUCGCUGGUACUAUUGCAAUAGGUGGGGGGCAUUCACAGUUGGAUGAACUUAUGUCGGCAAUCAACCUGCCAUUGUUAUCUGAAAAGACGUAUUCAGAGAACCAUGAACUGAUUAGUAGGAAAUGGGAAGAGGUUUUAGUAGAAUCUAUGAAUCAGGCUGCCGAAAAAGAAAAACAAUUCGCAAUUUCUAAUGAUUGUUUGUUGCCAGAAUUAGUGGACCCCCGCUAUCCUCGAGGUUUGACUAUAAGAAAUCCGUCAUACAUAGAAGAGGCAUUGAAAAUCAAAAAAAGAAGUAAAGAAAAUGUAGACCCUAAAUUAAAUUUAAACAUUGAGUUAUCAGCCGAUAUAGAUAGGAGAAGUGAAAGUGGAUUAAAUGACGAGAUUGAAUUAUCAGCUGAUACAGAUAGCGGAAGUGAAAAUGAAUUAAAUGAUGAGAUUGCAGGUGAUGAACCUUCAGAUGUAAAUAUGCCUACGUGUAGUCGAUAUUUAGAUUUUUAUGAAAUG